CAAGAAUCGCAACGAGAACGCGUUCUGUACGAAGUGUCGUGAUUCAGCGGUACCAGAGACUCGGAGAGCAAGGUCGACGUGUCGCAGCUUUCACUGUGAGACUUUCAAGUUCUUCUUUCUGGAGAAGCCACCAACGUGCAUCAAUCCUAACAAUAUGGAUUCCAAUGCAUCCAAGACCAAGGAAGGUACGCCGGAUGGUAUGGCCAAGUACGAUGACCCUGACUAUUACUCCCCAAAAUGGGCAAAAGCUGCUCCCAAGAUCUGGAAGCCUUACCUCACGUCCUUCACUCUCUUUUCAGACCUGCCCAUCGAAAUUCGUCAAGCCAUCUGGAAAUGGUCUCUCGCGGCACGUGUUGUCGAAGUCAAGUUCAACGUCAAUCAUGGUUUCUUUAGCACCAACAAGCCACCAGUAGCGUUGAGUGUUUGCAAGGAUUCGCGUGAUGCUGUCAAAUACCUAUACCCCAUCUGCUUUGGUACCAUCAUUCACGAAGCCGCCAUCGCCUUCAACUUCUCACUGGAUACCUUGUACCUUGAUGCCGACCUUGCCCCCGAAGUGGUCCCAUUCAUUUACAGCUGGAAGGGUUUGGAGGCUGAAAAUCUGCAAACACUAGCAAUUGAUCGUUAUCUUGACGAAGAAAUGGAGGAAUUUGGUUAUGGGAUCGCUUUCGAGGCUAUCAAAACUCUUCGACAAACAACUCGGUUAAUGCCUGCACUGAAGAAAGUUCUGAUGGUUGCCAAACUUGAUGACUACUGGCACGAACAUGGUUUGCCUGAGGGUAGCGGAGAGAUAAAACUGAUGGAGUCUUUACCCUAUGAUCUCCAACGGUACAUUGACGAAGAGUGGCACAUGGAUGAUGAGGAUGGCGCGUCGGAAUGCCAUCAGCUCCCUAACAUGGAUGAUGUUCUGGAAGGCUUUGAUGCUCCGUCCAAGAGUGUAGUGUGGGGUUGGCGACCUACCGAACUCCCACUGCAGCCUCAUCCUUGGGACGAGUUAAUUGGUGAUAGUGAAGGUCAUACACCCAUUCAGAUGUCUGAGAAUGAGGGCGAUGAUGACUGAGAGAGGCAAACUCCGGUCAGUGGAGAAGAGAAUGCGACUUAUCAUGCUUUGCGAGAAUGAGCUACGACUUGUUGCUGGGAUUGAAGCUUCGCUUCGACGAGAUUCGAAUGGGAUGCGAUGUUAGGAGUUGUUACUUAUGAAAAUGAUACCCUGGGACAGGUGUUACUGAAAAUUUGCUUGGAAGAUACCCAGGGACGAGACGGACUGGCGUUAACAAUAUCGCCAUUUGUAGCAAGAGCAUUUAGCUAUAGGUAGUCUUUGAACACAUCGAGCUCAGCCAG